UACCGUACGAGGAAGCUGAACCUACGGAGUUCUAUAUGUCAAAAGUAAGAUUUCUUUCAAGCAUUCUGUUUCUGGUCAUAUACAGAUGACAAUGUUCUCGUCACUUCUUCUAAUUCUUUGCCUACUCUUUCCUUUGUUUUUGCUAUUCUUCUUCAAAUACUUAACAACUUUCAAAAGCCCACCAUUUCCAUCUGGUCCUAGAGGUCUUCCCAUAGUAGGAAAUCUUCACCAACUAGAAAAUUCUUCUCUUCAUAUGCAGCUAUGGCAACUCUCAAAGAAAUAUGGUCCUUUAUUUUCCCUUCAAUUAGGUUUAAGACGAGUAAUAGUUGUUUCCUCACCAAAACUAGCCAAAGUGGUAAUGAAAGACCAUGACCUUGACUGUUGUGAUCGACCCAAAUUACUUGGCCAACAGAAACUGUCUUAUAAUGGGUUAGACAUAGCAUUUUGCCCAUAUAAUGAGUAUUGGAGAGAAAUCAGAAAACUUUGUGUUGUCCAUCUCCUUAGCUCCAAACGUGUCUCAUGCUUUUCCUCUUUAAGACAUUUUGAGGUGAAGGAGAUGAUAAAGAAAAUUUCCAUGCAUGCUUCAAAUUCACAAGUUACCAAUCUGAGUGAAACGAUAGUGUCUCUGACCAGCACUAUUAUCUGUAGAAUUGCUUUGGGGAGAAGGUAUGAAGAGGAAGCAACCGAAAGGAGAAUAUUUCACAGGUUGUUCAGUGAGUGUGAAGCGAUGCUCGCUACCCUCUUUUUUUCAGAUUAUAUUCCUUUCAUGGGUUGGAUUGAUAAACUGAGGGGACUGAAUGCACGUCUUGAACGGAGUUUCAAGGAGAUGGAUUACUUCUACCAACAAGUCAUUGAUGAACACAUGGCAGAUUCUCAUAAAAGGACUCCACAGGAAGAGGACAGCGUUGAUGUCUUACUUCAACUCAAGAAAAACUAUUCGUUUUCCAUCGAUCUUACUAAUGAUAUCAUCAAAGCUGUGCUCAUGAACAUUCUCAUUGCAGCAACAGAUACAACUGCAGUCACAGUAGUUUGGGCUAUGACUUUACUAUUAAAACAUCCACGAGUUAUGAAGAAGGUUCAAGAAGAAAUAAGGAGUUUGAGUGGUAAAAAACCUUUCUUAGAUGAAGAUGAUGUUCAAAAGUUUCCCUAUUUUAAAGCAGUGAUAAAAGAGACACUCAGAUUGUACCCACCAGCACCAUUGCUUAUACCAAGAGAAACAAGGGAAAAAGUUAUGAUAGAUGGUUAUGAAAUUCCAGCGAAGACAAUGAUAUAUGUGAGUGUUUGGGCUAUUCAUAGAGACCCUGAGGCUUGGGAAGAUGCAGAAGAGUUUAUACCAGAGAGAUUUUUAAACAGCACUGUAGAUCUUCAUGGACAAGACUUUUGUUUCAUUCCAUUUGGCGCUGGUCGUAGAAUGUGUCCAGGUUUGAAUAUGGCUUUUGCUACAUUGGAUGUUGUACUUGCUAACCUUCUUUGUUCCUUUGACUGGGAAUUGCCGGAAGGAAUGAAGAGUGAAGACAUUGAUACAGAAGUGUUACCGGGACUUUCACAGCAUAAGAAGAAUCCUCUCUGUGUUUUGGCCAAGUGCCAAAUGUCAUCCAAAAGUUCUAAUAAUAUGUGAACUGUAGA